AUGGUAUUUAAUGUAAGUUCGUUAAUUGAACCAAACAGAUUCAAUAGUUUCUACCCUUCGCUUGAGAAUUCUCCGAUUUUAACAAACUCAUGGACCAUUGGAAUAUUUAUUCGACUAAAAAUAUCUCUAUGGGCACCUCUUUUCGAAGAAGUUACAGAUCAAAGGCUCUUCAAAGAAAUGCUAACUUUAUGUAUUAAUCGAGGGAUCCCUCCGCCACAGCCACCAACUUUCAUUCGAAUACUUGAAUAUGAACAUUUGACUGGGUUUACUGGAGUAUUGUUUGAAUUUCCAAAAAAUGACCAAACAAAUAAGAUUAUAAACCGAGAAAAUAUUCUCCAAUUUUUGAUUCAGUGCCGAGAAGAUAAGCUUGGAGGAGAGGCACAUAUUGCAUCUAACAUAUUAUUGAGGAAUUCUCCUGUUGUACAAAACACAAAUUCAAUACAGGAAUUAAAAUUUAAAAAGAUUGAAGAAGACUACUCAAUGGCAACCACAUUCACGAUAACUUUUUUGAUGGUGGCAACUACACUUUCAGUAAUUAGUGCAUAUGUUAUUUACUACUCUGUUGCUAGAAAUAAAAAGUGA